CCGCACGCUAAAAAUUACUAUCGAUUAGCGACCAAAAUCCACGGAUUUUGUCCCGCACUUGCGCUCUCCAGGCGCAAACAUUCCAACACCUCACAGUCAAAGUGGCGUCUAUUCCCUACAGAUUCAGAGCGGGCGGCAGCAGCAGCGGCACCAUGGCACCCGAGAAUCACCACCACCGCAGCACCACCAAGCAGAACAAGAAGACGUUCAAGUCCCGCCAUGCCACCAAGAACUCGCUGAAGGAGCUGAGUAAAGGCAAGGUCGAGUCGUUCGAACGGGGAAGCCGCAAGACACCCCACCAACAAGUCAUGUCGAAAUUCGAUCGCCGCAACCGAGCGAAGCAGAUGCGCGUGAACAAGGACGCUGAGCAUGCAAAGGCGACAAACGUGUUCGCUGGCAAGGACUCCGCGCCGAGGGUUGUUGCUGUCAUCCCAUUGUGUGCGGACGUCUCUGCCGCCACCGCCGUGCGCAGCCUGAACACCAGUCUGGACAUCGAAGAGGAGGUUCCAGAGGUCGGAUGGACACGAACAAACGUCGACCGCUUCAAGCAGAAAGUGCAGUAUGUGGUGGUUAAGAGGGAUCUGCUGGCAGCGCUGGACGCUUGCCGAGUCGCCGACUUCGUCAUCUUCGUGCUGUCGGGAGAGGAGGAGGUAGACACAGAGGGCGAGUUGAUUCUGAAGUCGAUCGAGAGUCAGGGUCUUACGACAUGCUUCACGGUGGUGCAGGGACUGGACAAAAUUGAGCCUGCCAAACGGAGACCACAGGUCGUCGCAUCGUUGAAGUCGUACAUCUCGCAUUUCCUACCAACCACCGAGCGCGUCUCCUCACUCGACAACCGACAGGAAGCCUCGAACCUCAUACGCUCUCUAUGCACAACAACUACCAAGGGCGUGCGAUGGAGAGAUCAGAGGAGCUACAUGUUCAUCGAGGAUAUCACCUGGCCGAGUGGAAAGUCUGCAGUCAACGAAGACGGCACCGGAGAGGUUGUUCUGACUGGAGUCGUCCGAGGCCUUGGUUUGAAGGCCGACAGGCUGAUUCAGGUCGGCGACUGGGGUGACUUUCAAGUCGACAAGAUUGUUGCGGCUCCGCUUGAGGCGAGGAAGAAGGGCAAGGACGACGGCAUGGUGGUGGACUCGGAAGAAGACAAUGUGCUAGACCGUCCAAGCGAAGACCAGGACGAUCUAGCGGAUCUUGCGCCCGAGGAGACGAUCAUGGAGGAUGCCACUAACUAUGCUCCCUCUAUGGCUGCGACUGAACGAAAGGGUGUACUGCUCGACGACCAUCACUACUUCUCGGAUGAAGAGGAAUUGGAUGCGCGGCCCAAGCCAAAGCGACUACCAAAGGGUACCAGCAAAUACCAAAGCGCAUGGUAUCUUGAGGACUGCUCUGAUUCUGGCUCUGACCUUGAGGACUUUGACAUGGAGGAUGUUCCCGAAGAGGGCCAGAGCGAAAAGGCGCAUCCUGCAGAUGGUGUCGAAGGCAUGGACGUUGAUGGAAGGGCAAUGACUGAGGGCGGUCCGUCAGAAUACCCGCAAUCAGAGAUGUUUUUGGACCCUUCGCCCGAAGACGAGGCUGAGCAGAUCGAAGCGUACAGAAAGUCGAGAAAGAACGAAGCUGAUGAGGAUUUGGAGUUCCCCGACGAGAUUGAGCUACAUCCGAACGUGAACGCACGGGAACGCCUCAUCAAGUACCGUGGUCUGAAGAGCUUAAAGCAGAGUGUCUGGGAGACUGAGGAGGACAAGCCCUACGAGCCAGAGGAGUGGCAGCGCCUGCUCGAAAUCUCAGACUACAAGCGAACAGCAACAAAGUUCCUGCGUGAAGCAUGGGCUGGCGGUGUGAAGCCCGGCACAAGAGUACAUCUCCAUCUCCGCGGCGUCCCUCUCCAACUCCAACAAUCUCAAUCGCGCCCACUCGCCAUGUUCUCCCUGCUGAGACACGAGCACAAGCGCACAUCCUGCAACUACAGCAUUCUUCUGAGCUCAGAGCAUAACGGGCCUCUGAAAUCCAAAACAGAGUUGAUUGCUCAGUGCGGUCCGCGACGGAUCAUCAUCAACCCCCUCUUCUCCGCAGCGGGUAACACGCCUAACAACGUGCACAAGUUCGACCGCUAUCUGCACGCCGGCCAAUCCGCCAUUGCCUCCUUCAUGGGCCCGCUAACAUGGGGUCAUGUGCCUGUGCUAUACUUCCAGCGCAUCACACCCACCGCGUCACCCUCGUUCCUGCAGCUCAUCGGCACCGGCACUUCGCUCCCGCCGUCUAUGAACCGCAUCAUCGCCAAGCGCAUCGUCUUGACGGGUCACCCAUACAAGAUCAACAAGCGCGUCGUCACGGUGCGGUACAUGUUCUUCAACGACGGGGAUGUCAAGUGGUUCAAGAGCUUGCCCAUGUGGACGAAGCGUGGCAGGAGCGGGUUUAUCAAGGAGAGUUUGGGUACGCACGGAUACUUCAAGGCGACAUUUGACGGGAAGAUCAACCCUAUGGAUGGUGUGGCCGUCAGUCUGUACAAGAGGGUCUGGCCGCGGGCGGCGAGGGCGUGGAGGCCUGAAAUUGAAGGAGAGAAGGAGGCUGAGACUGGGGUUGAAGCUGAGGUGGAGAUGGCUAUCUAGGUCGGGUGGAGAUGAUAUGAUGGUAUGAAUUGCAUGAUAUGGGCUGGGAUGGUUUGGGACAGGAUACCUCGGUAGACAAAAUGGGACGAGGCGUUUGUAUGCUUGUUUACUUACAAUUAUAUUCAGAUUAACACAUUGUUUUGCGU